AUUGAGGUAUUAAAUUGUUUCAAUUAAAUUGCUGGUAAUCAUUAUCUCAACUGAUUUAGUUAAACCUGAUUUACCCGAAGUGGGGAAACCGAGAGUGGGUAAUAAGAGUGGUGAACAUUUGAAGGGGAAAAAGUUAAUCAUCUUCAGCGGGUUAGUUGUAAAUCUGCUCAUCACUUUGAUAGUUAACAAUUUACAAGGAAAAUCAAUUUGAUUUGAUUGUUGUAUUUUUCCUCAAUUGGACAUUUUAAUUAUUCUCAGGAUUUUGUUGUGUGAUUUACUCUGCUUUUGGUUCCCUGGCUUCAUCUAAAUUCUGAAAAUCAAUCAACAUGUCUGGAAAUACAUUGGAGCAAUUAAGACAAUUCACAACCGUUGUCGCUGAUACUGGUGACUUUGAAUCAAUGAGACAAUACAAACCAACGGACGCAACAACAAAUCCAUCGUUAAUUUUGGCCGCUGCUAAAUUGCCACAAUACGAGUCGAUAAUUAACAAGGCCGUUGAUUAUGGUAAAGCCAAUGGAUCUGAUGUUUCGGUCACAAUGGACUAUCUUUGCGUCCUUUUUGGUAUGGAGAUACUUAAGAUUAUUCCUGGUCGAGUUUCAACCGAGGUCGAUGCUCGACUUAGUUAUGAUAAGGAGGCCUCUGUGGCCAAAGCCCGACAGUUGAUUAAACUGUACGAAGCCAAUGGAAUCGGUAAGGAUCGGGUGUUGAUCAAAUUAGCGACAACUUGGGAAGGUAUUGAAGCAGCUAAGGAAUUGGAAGCCGAAGGUAUUCAUUGUAACAUGACGCUACUUUUUUCCUUCGCUCAGGCCGUUGCUUGUGCCGAUGCGAACGUUACUCUUAUCUCACCUUUUGUCGGUCGCAUCUACGAUUGGUAUGUGGCCAAAACAGGAAUAAAAACUUACGCUGAUCCCUUUGAAGAUCCUGGUGUUCAAAGUGUCACCCGAAUCUACAAUUAUUACAAGAAACACGAUUAUAAAACCGUUGUGAUGGGCGCGUCCUUCCGGAAUGUCAGUGAGAUCAAAUGUCUCUCGGGCUGUGAUCUGUUAACAAUCUCACCUUCCCUGUUAGCUGAGCUUUCAAAUGAAACUCAAGUCCCCCUGGUACGAAAUCUGUCACCUGAAAAGGCUAAACAAUUACCAGAAACUGGUGAUUAUGUGAAAGUUCAUUUUGAUGAGGCCACUUUCCGUUCUGCUCUUUCAGCUGAUCAAAUGGCUGAUGAAAAACUUAAGGAAGGAAUUGAAAAGUUUUCAGCUGAUGUUAUUAAACUUGAAAACGAUAUCAAGGAAAGAUUAGCUAAAGCUUAAUCUCAUUAAUCUCAUUAUUCAAACUUGGGAUAGAAAACUAUUGUAAUAGUUUAAUGGUGUUUAAUUAACAUGAUUUAAUAAACUUAA